GAGAUGAAAGGCAUACACCAACUGUCAUAUCCCUCUUUUUGAGAACACACGAGGAGGGAGAGAGGCGUGGAAUAGUUCCCUCCUUCUUUACAGAGUAGUGUUUGGAUGUAGAGAGAGAGAGAAGGCUAAAAGAGGAACACAAGAGAGAAAGAGAGACAUCAACUGCAAAUAGAGGAUUAAACAACACCACUAGAUAUUGAAAAGAAGAAAAAUCAAGAAAACAAAGAGUGUGUGUAUGUGUGUGUGUGUGAGAGAAAGACAGCGAAGAGAAAGAGCACUAAUCCAAGGAACCAGUGAUACUCUUAGAUGAGAGACAAGAAGACAAACAAGAAGAAACAGCAGAGAUAUUAAACCAGGCUGGAUUAGAUUUCUCUGCACUGUGAAGAACUACGCAUACACAUUUACACAAAGGUGUGUGUGAUGCACCCUGCCUGAGCGUCUGCCUCAGCUGUCUGCUUUUUGUUUGUGGUUAGAGCAUUUAGAGUGUAAAGUGCACAACCAUGAGGAGGAUAUUAUCUAUCACUUUUGCGUCGCUGCUGUUGAUUACUUUCACUGAAGCAUGGAGACCAUCUCAGCCCAGACUACAAUUCACACACUCGGAGCUGGUUCGAAGUGGCAGGCUGAUGUCACUGGCGCUCUCUGCAGGAGAUUUGAACUCGCUGCUUCCUGACGAAGAUGCCCGCCGUCUGUACAUCAGCAUGAAAGACUAUUUACUGUCAGCCAGCCUGGAUGAUGUCACACAACCCCAUCACAAGAUUUACUGGCCUGCGAGUCCAGAUCGAAUGCAGGACUGUUUGAUGGCUGGAAAAGACCCACAGCUGGAGUGUGCCAAUUUCCUGCGUGUAUUGGAACCUUAUAACCAAACGCACCUAUACGCCUGCGGAACAGGGGCCUUUAACCCUCGCUGUGCCUACAUCCCAACCCGCCUCUUCUUCACGGCUGAGGACCAGACACUGCAGUAUGAACACACAGAGUCUGGAAAAGGAAAGUGUCCAUAUGACCCCCACCAAAAGACUGCGACUGCCAUCAUUGAUGGGGAACUGUAUGCUGGAAUCACGUCUGACUUUAUGAGUCGUGAUUCUGCAUUUUUCCGUAGCCUGGGAGAACGGCAUGUGAUCCGCACAGAACAAUAUGAGCCAACCUGGCUUCAAGACGCUGAGUUUGUGCGUGUGGCCAUGAUGAAGGAGAGCGAUAAUGAGGAAGAUGAUAAGGUCUACUUGUUCUUCACUGAGCGUGCUCAGGAGGCUGAGGGGCCCGCCGGCAAAGUCUUGUACACUCGAGUCGCUCGCGUCUGCAAGAAUGACAUUGGAGGCCAGCGCAGUUUGGUGAAUAAGUGGAGCACAUUUCAGAAGGCUCGAAUGAUCUGUUCUGUGCCCGGGCCUGAUGGCUUACAGACGCACUUUGACCAACUGCAGGACAUUUUCAUUCAGCAUGGCAAAGACGAGAGGAACCCCCUGAUAUACGGCGUCUUUACUACCACCAGCGAUGUGUUAAAUGGAUCAGCGGUGUGUGUCUACCGUAUGCAAGACAUCAUCCGUGCCUUCAAAGGAAACUUCUACCACAGGGAUGGGCCACAGUAUAAGUGGGCGGAGUUUACUGGGAGAGUACCGUAUCCCAGACCUGGAACAUGUCCAAGCAGCACUUACGGAAGUUUCCGUUCCACACGGGAGUAUCCUGACGACGUCAUCUUCUUUAGCCGCACUCAUCCGCUGCUGCAGGAAGUGGUGCGUCCUGUGGAUAGCCGGCCUUUGCUAAUUAGAGUUGGUGUAGACUACAAGUUGACCCGCAUCGUUGUGGACAGAGUGGAGGCUGUGGAUGGACAAUAUGAUGUUCUCUUUAUUGGGACAGAUUCUGGCCUGGUGCUAAAGGCAAUUCACCUCCCGAAAGAGCAAGGACAAAGUCAAGAGGUCACCCUGGAACAGCUGCAGGUCUUUAAGCACAAGUCACCAGUCACCGCCUUGACACUGUCCAAGAAGAAGUGGCUGUUUGCGGGAUCUGCAGAGGGCGUGGCUCAGUUGGCUCUGUAUCAGUGUGACCUAUACGGUCAAGUGUGUGCAGAGUGCUGUCUGGCCAGAGACCCAUAUUGCAACUGGGAUGGCCAUGCAUGCAGCCCUUAUAUGCCAAUUGCACGCAGGAGAAACACUCGUCAUGUUGGUGAUUACAAUAAUCCUUUAACUGAGUGUGUCAGACAGGGAGCUGGCCUGGAGGUGCAGUCAGAGGAGAAGGAAAUAGUGGUGGCUGAGGGGAACAGUACCUACCUGGAGUGUCUGCCUAAUUCGCAUCAUGCCAAAAUCACCUGGUUUAAACAGAACGGAGAGAACAGCCUGGAACAAAACGAGGUGACUUCAAGGGAUCAGCUCAUAGUGAUUGACAGGGGCCUUUUGAUACGCAAGGCAGAGCAUAACCAUGGUGGCAUUUAUCACUGUCAGCUUGAGGAGCAUGGCUUCCGUUGGACGGCUGUAACGAUUCGUUUGAGGGUGUGGAGUACCAGCCAGCGUGUAGGCACCAUCUCCCCUCAGCCAGGAGUGCAGCAGGAUAUGAUUACUUUGAUUCACCACAGUGACUUGGAGCACUACUGCAAGGAGCUGGGGAAACAGCAGCAUGAUAAAAAAAAGACCAGGGAAAAGGAGCAAGCACAGGAGAGAAAGAGAGGUGACAGACAGAAACAUGGAGGAGAACGUGGAGAGAAGGAGAGGGGAAAAGGCAGGAAAAACAGAAGCAAAAUGGGGAGCUCUGCCUCAAGGUCUCCUAGAAGCACCUAGAGACAUUGUAUCUACCAAAAAGAUAUUCUACAAACAAUACAAUAAAUACUAUAAAAAAAAAAAAAACUGAAUAGCAAACACAUUUACAAACUUAAAUAUGACCUGCCAUAUACAUGAACAUACACAGAUUGUUGAUAAUGUUAUUUGGUUGAAGCUAAAUUAAAAGGACUGUUUCUGAACAGCAAUUUUAUGAAUGAUGGGGGCUGUAAUUUUUAAGUAGGAUGAUCUCAAAAUCAAUGGACACAUGGACAUAUUCUGUUAUAAUAAAUAGCGACUGAGCCCUGAAGAGCUGAAACCCAUGACAGACAAGUAAAGUGUCUCAGACACUCUUGUAUUUUGUGUAAAUAGGAAAAGACUUCAUCAUUUUUGGAGCAUCAGCAAAAGCUGUGCUUAAAAAAAAAAGACUGCUUUGAAGCACAAAUGUUAUAGUAUUUGCAUAUAAGCUGCAUCUAAAUGUAUUUGUUCUGAAUGUUUUUUUUCCUUUUUUUCUUAUUUAUCUUUGUAUUUAUUUUCACUGCCUUUGAAAGAUGUAUAUUUGCCUUGACUUGCAACACGCACAUAUAUGUGAUAACUCGAAGCUUGAUGUUUUGCUUGAUCUUUUCUGGCAUUGGGCUAAAAAAAAAAAAAAAAACGGACUUGACUAAACAGAGAGAGAAAGCUUAAAAUUCAUUUUCUACUUAACCGUACCUGAACUGUUUUGUAUAGGAGCACUUCAUGCAAAACAAAACAGACCUGAUGGCAACCAUGCAUGAUGUACAUGAUAACAUCUAGCGUUGUGACGACACCAGGGCCACCAACCGAACCAUUUACUUAACAGAGUUUAAGCAGGGUCACUUCAUCCAGGUGCAGGCUACGCUUGUGAAUUUAUGAAUAACAGAAUCCUGUGUUUAAAACAUACCAUUUAACUGUUGCUCUUAACAUGUACAGUACCAGUGAAUAAUGUGUUUAUUCACCUGCAUUUAAAAACAGGCUUCAUUUUUUUUUUUUUUUUUUUUUUUUUUUACACGUUAAAAUAACGAAUUUUACAUAAAGUAACGAAUUCUUUACAUAAAACUUAAGAAACUGAUCGACCAGCUUUAUGAAGGAAACACCUUUCUGACAAUCUUCUCACUUAUGUUCAGGCUGCACUUCCUGAUUGAUCCUGGAAAGGGUCAUGAUCAAUCUGGAGUGUAUCCAGUGAACAAUGGGCACAAGAUGGGAGCACCCCCCUGGGUGGGACACCAAUCCAUUGCAAUUCGAGUCAACAAUCCAACGAUUGGCCAUUUUUUUUAGAAAGUCAGUUUUGUUUUUGCUAAUUCCUAUCUACAAGUUUGUUUUUUGUGUUUAAGCAACAGGUACUAAGCUGGAAGAGUAAAGGAUAAUACACUUCUUCUGAGACAUGGUCCAAUCACUGUAUCAUAGGAGCGCUAAACAUGCUUGGAAGAGAGCACAAACCUGCCUGUUCUGUACAUAUAAGUAAAUAAAUAAAGGUUCAAUCUGGA